GCAGUAUUUCAGUCAGAGCUGAUCACUCUUCACUCGCUCCAGGAAAUUGUUGAGAAUCUUCUGUGAGGUUCAUACAUUCAGCCCAGCAGCUUUUAAAGAUGUCAGGUGAGUUAAAUUUUAAUUAUUUACAAAACACAUAUGAAGGACUCCAAAUACAAUUUUUGUUAAAGAUAAUAACAAAAUAUGACAAAAUUAGAAAUAUGCAAAAAUAGAAAUAUGUGACUUAAAACUACAACAUCGUCCAAUCAGCUGAUGGCUGGUGUAUUUGAAAAUCAGUUUUAACAGCAUUUAUUUUUUCAGUGGCACACAAUUGACAUACGUCAGCUUUAAUCAAUUACAUUUAAAAUCCAUUUCUAACAUUGAUGAGAUUUCCUGUUCAAAAGACAUAUAAUUAUUGACAACAUUUUCUGUAAAGCAUGUUUGAAUCGAGGUGUUUUACCUUGAAAAGUGCUAUACAAAUGACUUAUGUAAAAUGUCUGUAUAUAAAAUCUCUAUAUGGUGAAAAAAAAUGAAACACUGUUUAUUGUUAGUUUUGAAUUAUUAUUAUUAUGAUUGAAGUAGCCUUUGAAAUGCUUAAUGUUCACAGGUGAAAUGACUCAGCCAGACGAGAUGUCGCUGCAGAAACUUGAAGCUCUUAGUGAUGAACUGCAACAAAGUACUGGGGAACUGAACUCCGAAUUUGUCAAAAAACAUCCAAUUCUCAUUAGUAAAAUAAAGGAACUGAAUGACAUCACCAAUGAUCUUGAAAUCAUGCACAAAGGCACUACAGUGGGCAGUUUGGUAGGAUCAACAAUAGGAGCGGCUGGAGGAGUCACAGCACUAGUAGGUCUGGGUUUAUCAUUUAUCACAUUUGGUGCUUCUUUAGCUGUUUCUGCUGUUGGUGCAGUUGUUGGAGUAGUUGGAGGAGUUACAGGUGCAGCAUCUAACAUCUCUAACAUGAUCCUGCAGAAAAAACUACGUGGAAAUAUUGAGAAGAUCAUCAAUGAUUUCCAGAGCACAAUUGACCCAAUGAUUGAGCAUCUGAGUACAAUUUCUAACACCAUAGAUGAGCUUCAGCAGGAAGGGCAGAAAUAUUCUGUGCUAAAUAAGGCAAUAAUGACAAGUGUGAGAUCCGUUAAGACCGUUUCAAGCAUUACGAAACUUUUAACUAUACUGCAAACUGCUAACAUUGGGAAAACAGCCGCAAAAGCUGCCAAAACUCUCAAAGUAGUUGGGAGAGUAUCUGGUGUAAUCUCAGCUCUAUUUCUUGCUCUUGAUGUUUACAGUAUUGUUUGUGAUUCAAUAGAGAUCUCUGAAAUAAAUAAAAAAGAAAACGAGAGAAAAGCAGAAGAAUUCAAAUCAGAAACUCUAAAAUUUAUUCUUCAGAUGAGAGAAACAGCUGCUCAAUUUCAGGAGACUCUGGAUGAAAUUAAAAGUGCCAGAGAUGAUAUUAACAGAGUUACAGAUCAGUUGAAAUCAGUUUAGAAAUGCUUGAACCUGGUAUUAUCAAUUUACUGACACUCAUUAAACUGAAAUCUUUAAAAGUGUAUAAAAUGCUUACAUAUUCUUAAAUUUUCUACUGUGGAUCUGCUCAUGCUUUCAGGACUAGUGUUUCAUACAAAGAUUUUCAUUUGUGGAAAAUGUGGUGGAAAAUAUGUCAAAUAUGUAUUUCAAUUCAUUUUUAACGUGACAAAUUAUUGUUUUUAAAUACUGUUAUUCUUUCAAAUAUUUUAUUUUUAAUUUAUUUACUUUUUUCUUGUUUUCUGGUUCUCUAUGCUCUUGGAUGAACUCUGUUUGCAACCAGUCUUUGUAAAUGAACCACUGGCUUUGGAGUUUGGAUUCUGUUCAUGUCUUGUGAAAUUCAAUGGGUAUACAUUUAGCCCUUUUGUCAAGAUGUCAAGAUCAAAAUAUCGCUUGCAAAAUUAAGCAUGUGUGCAUGCUAAAUAAAUGUACAUCUGA